CGUCUCCAUUGCUGUGGACCUAGCUUCGGUAGUCUGCAGCCACCACGCGGUUUUUUCGGGUUGACUAGUCCGCCCUCGUCGCAUUCCAACCUCUUUCUACAUUCCUCCCAGAUCCCGCGGCACCAGCACGAACGCAGGAACCGAAUUUCUACUACGUGGACCCCGUGGACCCUUUUCACAUCAAUCUGGUUAGCUUUUACAAGGGCCCGCUUUACCUGGCAUCCCUCGACAUCAUACCCACUUGGCGACAACCCACCCUUUGAUCUAACGGCCGUCUCUGCCGAAACCCUGCACACUUUGACUCCUCAACCCUCUAAUACACAGAGCCGCACCUCUGCUGCCUUCUUGAGAUGUCGGAGCAACCCCAGGUCAUCAUCACUCCGUAUCCGACCAUCGCUGAACACGACGACCGCCGUCCCUCGUACGCAGACGACAUGUCCACGACCUCAUCGAGUUCGUCUAUCAGCGACCAGGACCAGCUGAAAGGUGACCCUACGCUGCAAAGACCUCGUCUUGGGAGCAGAAAGUCGAGCGGCACCAUCAUAAUACCGCGCGAUAGCCCCAACGUCGAGCUCAAAGAGGAGGAGUAUGAUGAUGGCGACGCGAGGACCAUGAGUCCUCGACGGAGCAGUGAAGAGAUAGAGAAGAUGGGCCAGGACGCCCGUCAAGCUCUGAUAGAGCAAGCCAAAGCUCUACAAGCCAGCCUCAUGGAAAUUGUCGACCGCGUAGAAGUGGUCAAGAACGAACACGAGAAGCUUGAAGGCGGAAACAAAUUUCUCCAAUCGUAUAUCGGCGAGCUCAUGCAAACGAGUAAACUCACAUCCACCGGCGCUGGCAAAGGCUCCAAAGUCAAAGGCAAAGGGCGCGCUAUCAAAUAACAAUCCGCGCUCCCACCGCCUAGGUCACCCAUCCACGGAGAUGCCUUGGCCAGAGGAGCACAUCAUGUUGGCAUACCGCCUAAUCCUCGUCGCGUCAUCGAGGCUACCCGCCUAACGAACCCACAUUACGAAGCCAUCAUGAUCAUCUACUGCCUCAACUAUUGACCGAGAGCGAUUCCCUCUCAGCAUAAAACAUACACCACCAUUGAUCGCGUUUACGAGCGUUGCAUAGGGCACGGGGCUGGGCAACUGGCGUUCAUCAUUCCCCU